AUGUGCGGGGAAAAGAUCAGUCGAUAUAAACAUCGCCUAUCAACGUUACGUGAAGAUAUGGAUGAUCAAGAAGUAGUUGAAACAAUCAACGAUGAAACAACACCGGAAAAAUUGCACCAACUAGUGCAACAAGGUCGAACAACUUCAUUUAUCUUUUCGUUAAAAAACAGACUUGGAGGGUUAGCACGAGCAUUAAAAGUUUUUCAGGAGCAUGGUAUCAAUGUAGUACAUAUUGAAUCACGCUUGUCACGUAGAAAUAAUUCGGAAUAUGAGAUAUAUGUAGAUUUAGAAGCUGAUCGACAAAGAGUAAAAAAGAUGAUGUUACAGCUACAACGUCAAGUAUCUUGUGUUCGUUUGGACAAUGUUCUGUCAUCAUCAAACAGUAUGGAUUAUGCAGGAGAUGCGAACGAUGUAGAAAAUGAUGUAUUUACUGAAGGACAUGAGAAUAAUAUUGAUCAAGUACCGCAAUCACCAUUCUUAGAUGCUAAUGGAGAACCGAUUCAACGUAAAAAUCAACAGCAAAAAGAUCAUGUAUGUUUUAUGACCGGAUUAUUAAAUGCUCUUGAACGUAAACUAUAUGUAUCAAACGAAAAUGAUAGGACUUUGUGUCAUGAUAAUGUUUUAUGUUAUUUGUCAAAUAUUAUUGCUCAUGGAUCAACACAAGAAAUUGAAUUACAAUUACAAGACUAUUUUACUAAUGACGAAUUGGAAACAUCAAGAUGGCAUCUUUUCAAUUGUAUUGAUUAUUGUCUAUGUAAUGAGAAUAAUAAUUAUUUACAAAAAAUAUUUCAAGAAUGUAUAAAUAAUCUACAAAACCGACAACAAUCACUGUCAUUAUUGUUGAUUAGUACAAUACAAACAUUAUACAAUAAUAAUUUAUUUGAUUGUUUACCAACAUUUGUUGCUAAUGAUUGGAUAUCAAUGAUUCGAAAAAUUCAAAAUAUGGAAAAAAUAGAUGAUAUGUCUAUUCGUGCUAAAGAUCAAAAUUUUGUUGAACAAAUGGUGAAUUUAAAAGAACAUUUGACUAAACUGUGUAAUAUAGUUAUGUCAUCAAAUGAAAAUAUAUCACCAAAAAUGCAACAAAACUCAAAUGAAUUUUGUUGUUUACAAUCCUAUUGUUCUCACACAUCAUUAUAUCGACAACCAUCGUAUACUCGCAGAUCAUCUUUGAUAACUUCUUCAUUACAUGGUGAUCUCAUUGAUUCAAAUAAUCAAAUGAUAAUGGAUUUUGUAUCAGUCGAUGAUAUUCUUCCACCUCAAUCAUCAACCGAUUCAUCUAUAGCAGGUUCAUAUCAUCCGACAAUCGAUGAUUUAAAUGAAACAGAAGAGAAUAAUUCAAAUUUGUUUAAAGGAUAUUGUAAUGGACCCGUUGGUUACAUUAGAAAUCCGGUAUCAAAUUUUGUAAUCCCAACAAUGUAUGCUAAAGAUAAAAAUGACCACAGUAUGAAAGACAUGGAAAUAAUUGAUAAUUUAGUAGAAACUGGUACAUCAACCAAUCAUGAUGAUUAUUUAUUAGACAAUUUUCGAAAUAGUAAUCAAUAUUUACAACGUACUUCCUCCAUUCAAUCAAGUGGACCUGUUUUGAUUAAACAUGAAACAGAUUUAUGGGUCUAUCCGGUGCAUCGAAGAUCUCGCAUUACUAGGCCAAGAACAUUAACAGAUAGUAUUUCAGAGGAUUUCUCGACUAUUCGAUCAAGUGCUCUCGAGAAUGAAUAUACAUUAAAUACAUCUAGAGAAUUAAAAGGACGGUCAGAUUCACUAAAUGAUGGUACAUCUGAAUCACUUGUCUGCGAUACAUCCAGAACAAAAGUAGAGGUAGAUGAAACACCAUGGUUUCCUCAUCGAAUAGUUGAUCUUGAUCAAUGUUCAACAAAAGUACAGCUGUAUGAUGUGGAUUUAGACAGUGAUCAUCCGGGUUUUGUAGAUGCCGUAUAUCGCGCUCGACGAAUGUAUUUUCAUGAUUUAGCUAUGGCCUACAAACAUGGUGAUCCUAUACCUCGAGUUCAAUAUACUCGUGAAGAAACGGAAACAUGGAAAGUGGUUUAUACAACAUUAAAUCGUUUAUAUCCGACACAUGCUUGCAACGAGUACUUAGCAAAUUGGCCAUUACUAAGAGAAAAAUGUGGUUAUCGAGAAGAUAACAUUCCACAAUUAGAAGAUGUUUCGCGUUUUUUACGAGAACGUACAGGCUUCACAUUACGACCAGUUGCAGGUUAUUUAUCACCAAGAGAUUUCCUAUACGGUUUGGCAUUUCGUGUUUUUCAUUGUACUCAAUAUAUUCGUCAUUCAGCCAAUCCAUUCUAUACGCCAGAACCUGAUUGUUGUCAUGAAUUACUCGGACAUGUUCCACUGUUGGCAGAUCCAAAUUUUGCUCAAUUCUCGCAUGAAAUUGGACUAGCCGCUGUUGGAGCAUCAGAAGAAGAUAUUAACAGACUCGCAACGUGUUAUUUCUUUACAAUUGAAUUUGGAUUAUGUCGUCAAAAUGGGGGAUUGCGCGCUUAUGGUGCGGGUCUAUUAUCCUCAUGCUCUGAACUGCAGCAUGCCGUUAGUGAUAAAGCAAAAAAGUUACCAUUUGAUCCAGAUAUUGUAUGUCGUCAAGAGUGUUUAAUUACAACCUAUCAAGAACAAUAUUUUGUUUCCGCAAGUUUUGUCGAAGCAAAAGAUAAAAUCAGAGAAUUUGCUUCAUCGAUUAAACGUCCAUUUGCAGUCCGAUAUAAUCCAUAUAAUCAAAGUAUCGAAGUUGUGAGUAAUACUGAACAAGUAGCACAAAUCAUUAGCGAUUUAAAAGGAGAUAUGUGUAUUAUAUUUGAUGCCUUAAGAAAAAUUGAACAUAGUAUCAAGAAUGAAAAAGAUAAUGAAAAAUAA